AUGAGAGAUGACAAGCCCACGCUAUCUCUGGUGGUUUUUGGCAAUGUGGAUGCUGGAAAGUCCACCACCAUUGGCCAUUUGAUUUAUAAAUGUGGAGGGAUUAGCGACAAGCAAAUUGAAAAGUACACAAAGGAAGCAGUCGAACUUGGGAAGGGAUCGUUCAAAUAUGCCUGGGUAUUGGACAAUCUCAAGACAGAGUGA